AUGAGAGGAGCAGAUUUGUAUACUGACCACUACUUAGUAAGGUAUAAGAUCAGACUCAAACUGGCAAGAAAUAAAAGUGACAAGAAUAAAUGCAAAAGAGAGAGAUAUGACCUAAACAAGCUAAAAUGUAUGGAUAUAAGGAAAAAGUACAAUAUUGAAGUGAGAAACAGAUUCCAAGUACUAGAAGAAGGUAACAUAGAAGAUCCAGUGUUGAAAUAUGAAGGUGCAGUAGAGAUAUACACUGAGGCAGCUAAACAGGUAGUGGGGAGCAGUAAAAAUAUCAGCAAACCAUGGAUAACCAACAAUACAUGGAAAAUAAUUGAUGAAAGAAGAGAAAAUAAAAAUAAAUUAGAAGGAACCAGAUCGGAAAGAUUAAAAGUUAGACUCAAUGAAGAAUACAAGCAGAAAAAUAAAGGGGUUAAGAAAAGUGCCAGAGAGGAUAAAAGGAAGUGGUACAAUAUGAUGGCUGACGAUGCAGAAAAAACAGCAGAAAAUGGCAGAAGCAAAGAGCUUUAUAACAUCACUAAAAUACUUACAGGUGAAAGAAAGAGGCAACACAGAGGAGUAAAAAGUAAAGAAGGAGAACUGAAAAAGGAAGAUGUAGAUAUGGCCGAAAUUAUAAUAGAGGAGAUCGAUCUAGGAGAAUGGACAGUAGCUGAAGUUAGAGCACUGAAGAAGACACAAAAUGGGAAGUCAGCAGGAAUAGAUAGUGUAACACCAGAGCUUAUAAAGGCAGACAUCGACCUUACAGCAGAGAAAAAUGGCAAAAAUAUUUAA